AUGUCAUGUCCUCUCCCCCAUCCACCUCUCUCUAACUCCUCUCCCCAUCCACCUCUCUCAAACUCCUCUCUCCAUCCCCCUCUCUCCAUCCACCUCUCUCUAAGUCCUCUCUCCAUCCAUCCAUCUCUCUCUCUGUCUGCCAGCUGUGAGGUGCGUCCUGGCCCAGAGUUCCUGACGCGGUCGUACCGGUUCUUCCCCAACAACACGUUCAAGGCCAACCAGUUCUACUACAGGGACAACCACUGCACCACCCCCACCUACACCCUGGUGGCCCGGGGACGUCUGAGGCUCAGACAGGCCUCCUGGAUAAUCAGAGGAGGAACAGAGGCUGACUACCAGCUCCACCGCACACAGGUGGUGUGUCACAGUGCGGACGUGGCCAAGGACCUGAGCCAGAGGUUAAAUCCCAGCUGUCGCGGCACCGUGAGGAUCAAAGCACCCUGGGAACCCAACGUCAGCUAUGAACUGUGGAACGAGGAGGGCUGUGACUGUUCCAGACAGAUCAACUUCUCCAUACACGAGCUACAGCUGCUGCGUGUGGAGAAACAGUACCCUCAUAAUAACUUGGACCACAUGGUUGAAGAGCUGUUCCUGGGAGACAUCCACACUGAGGUAGCCCAGAGGAUGUACUACAGACCCUCUAAGGCAGUUCGCUCAGCCUUUCUGAACGGACUCAGCAAGGUUCUCAAGGAUCAACUAGCUUCCCGGGACAACCCUGACACUCUGGGUAAGCUCAUCAUUCUGGCCGUCCGGAUUGACAACCGGCUUCGGGAACGUCGUCGUGAGAGGAUGGAGGGGUUCCAAGUUGUCUCCAGUGUUUCGGGUCCCACUGAGUGA